UAAGAGUCUGGUUCAGAUUAUUACAAGUCUCCCUCCCUCCCACUCUCCUCCUCACAGCACUGCUGUCUGGACAGAGUCUUCUUAUCUGAGACUGUACAGUGUGCUGGCAGUUUGUGAGCUUGAGAGAUUGAUAUUGAUUGACAGACACAGACACACAGGACCAGACAGAGAAAUACGGACAGUGUGGACCUCGGGCUGGCUUUGAUUUUGGUCGUGCAUUAGUUUGAAGGUACUUCCGCUUGUCUCCUGGUUUUGGAUUUUUUACAUUUAAGACUGCAAUGCUUCCAUUCUACCUCUUCACCCUGUUUGCCACAGUCCAAGCCCAGAUCCAGCACUUGCCAGGCUCCUGUAGCUUUGAGUCCAGCACCUGUGGAUACACAUCAGACCCAAACUUUUUAAGCUGGACGCUCAACAAAGAUGGGUCUUUCAUCUCAGUGGACCCAGGCCUAGAGGACCAGGAUGGGCAGGAAGACAUGUCAGAGGGAGAGGAGAGGUCAGAGGGGGUGGGCAGAGCAGUUCUGCUGGGCCCAUCCAUGGAGCAGGAGGACUGGAGCUGUCUGAGGCUGGUGUACCAACUUUCCGGAUCAGGCUUUCUGCAGGUCCAACAGCGCAGAGAGGGCGAGAGCUUCGACCGGGCCCUGUGGAGCACCCAGACUGCCUCCGACAGCUGGCUCAUCUCCAGCAUUGACCUCCAGAACAGCACCGAGCCGUACAGGAUUGCCAUUGACGGCAGACCUGGUGAGAACAAAGGCAGUAGUGUGGCCAUCUUUGAGAUACGCAUCAACCCUGGAUACUGCUUAGAGUGUGACUACGAGGAGUCCCACCUUUGUGGCUACAGAAACCAGUGGAACACCAAUGUCAACUGGUACAGGGGAGGAGGAGCUGCCCGGGACACUCAGAGCAACAUACCUUACGUCCACACACAGCACAACGGAGCAGGUCACUACAUGUAUGUGGAUUCUGUGUACGCCAAGACAUUCCAGGAGGUAGCCAAACUGGUGUCUGCUAUGACAACGGUGCCCAUGUCGGGCUGCCUAAGCUUCCAGUACCAGCGGGGUGAGGAGCGAGGGAACCUGUUCUCUGUCUACACCAGGGACCAGGCAGGCCAGUACCAGGAGCUGUGGAGAGCAGACCCAGAGGACCAGAACCUCAAUGACUGGACUGCUACCACCUUGGAGUGGAUACCUGUGCAGGUGGACAUCAAGGCCCCGUUCCCUCUGCAGGUGGUGUUUGAAGUCACGUUCAACAGCCCCAGAGGGGGUCACGUGGCACUCGAUGAUAUUGCCUUCUCUCCUGAGUUCUGUAGUGCAGAGACAGAGCCAACAUUUGAUCCCUCCAUUGCCAACUGUGACUUUGAGGUGGGUUUCUGCCACUACACCCAGGAUCAGAUGGAAGGAUCCCCAUGGAAGAGAGUGUCAGUCAAGCCCAACAUCUACAGGACUGGGGACCACACAACAGGGGCAGGGUCCUUUCUUCUAGCUCACUCUCGGCUGAGUCCACGUGCUGGCUAUAUUAGCCGCCUGCUCGGGCCUCCUCUGCCCGGCAACAUGAAGUACUGUCUGAGGUUCCACUACUCUCUCCGUGGAUUCCAACAGACAGACCAGGCUCUCACCGUUUACCUUCAGGAUCAGAGUGGAAUCACACAGGACAGGAUAUGGACCCAGAACGACAAGUCCAGAGGUGUUUGGAUAGCAACGGACAUCACCUUCCAGAGUCCACAGGCUGCAAAGGUGGUGUUUGUCAGCACAUGUACAAACUUCUGGGACUGUGGUUCAGUUGCUCUGGAUGACAUCAGUGUGAGCCUCGGGGACUGUGAUCUUACAGCAGGUUUACUCCUGUCUGUCAAUGGGCACUGUAACUUUGAGAUGGGUCACUGUGGGUAUAUUCAAGACAAGGAGGGUGAUAUGGGUGACUGGGUCCUGGUGAGAGGGCCUACCCCUACCUCCUACACCGGGCCGAAGGGAGAUCACACCACAGGAGUCGGGUACUACAUGCACAUUGAGGCGUCUAACAUGCUGCCUGGUCAGAAUGCCCGGUUACUCUCCAGUCCUCUGAGGGGGUCCAGUGGUCCUCAGUGCCUACGUUUCUUCUACCAGAUGUACGGCUCAGGCACAGGUGAGCUUAGCAUCCAUCUGAGACAGGAUGGAAAGGAUGUGUUGCUAUGGAAACACACUGGAGAGCAGAGCAUCACCUGGCUGAAAGCAACUGUGGAAUACCAGAGUGACCAACAGCAUCAGGUUGUUUUUGAGGCCAUCAGGGGUUCCUCAAUAAGGAGUGACAUAGCCAUCGAUGACAUUGUGUUUGAAAGUGGACCAUGCCCAGAUAUUGAAGUCAAAAUGACCCAUUCCCCAGGAAACUCAAAUGACAUUGAGUGAAGGAGCAGAGGACAGGAAGAGUGCUGAAUAAAAUGCAUGCAUCAAUACUAUGCUGCACAUACGGACAAAAAUGUACACAAACAUAUUUUUACAUUUUAUUUUGCCGGUGUACUAAUAGCACCGAAUCGUUUUGCACAUAUUGAGGUCAAACAUAAAUGCCUCGAAUUGAGUAAAAGAGAUUCUGCAUUUACAACCAAUCAAAUGAUAUCACUGUACACAUUUUUAAUUAUCAGUCACACCUGACCCUACUUGCUCUUUGUAGAGAAACUGGUAGUAGUCAGUCAACAUUUUCCAAGCAAUAGAGGCUGUGUUGUAUUCAAAAUAAUAUGCAUUAGAUUAAUGCUGAAAUAAAGACGGAUGCUUAUUCAA